CAGCUCCCGACACGGUCACACUGAUUAAAAAAAAGUUGCUCGACUUGAACGGACGCGCAUUUCGGUGGAAUUUAAUUUGGAAAUAAUUUAGAGACGAAGACGGUACAGUAAAAACUCAUCAACAUGGACUGCGGCACAUCUCUGGUCAAAUACAUCCUCUUCAUAUUCAACACCAUUGUGUCGGUCAUCGGCAUUUUGGGUAUUGUUUAUGGCGUGCUGAUCCUAAAGAGCAUCGGAACAAUCGAGGUCAAUGGACAGGUGGGCUUCCCCCCACAGGCUCUCAUGCCGAUCGUGCUGAUCAGCUUGGGAUCGAUCGUGGUGUUCAUCUCGUUCCUCGGCUGCUGCGGCGCCAUUCGCGAGUCCGUGUGCAUGACCAUGAGCUAUGCCGUCUUCUUGCUGAUCCUGCUGAUCCUGCAGCUGACGCUGGUCGUGCUCCUCUUCUCCAACAAGGACAAGUUCGAUAAGACCAUGGGCGACGUCAUUGACAACGCCUGGAAGUCGGACACUGCGCAGGAGGGAGGUGUCUUUGAUGCCAUCCAGAAAUCGUUGCACUGCUGCGGAGCAUCCUCUUCUCUGGACUACAUCGCCAAGGGCCAAGCUCUGCCGAGCAGCUGCUGCGAAGGCACCUGCCUGAACCCGCUUAACGUUUACGGAGGAUGCCGUGGAAAGUUCGUCGACCUUAUGUCCGCUGGCACUGACAACACCAAAUAUGUGGGCAUCGGUCUCAUUGCAGUGGAGCUGAUCGGGUUCAUCUUCGCCUGUUGCCUGGCCAACAACGUGCGCAACUACAAGCGCCGGAACGCCUACUAAGGAGACGUGCGCCCAUCACCCACAUCGAGAGGCACACCCGCAUCCAACAGCACACACUCCUCACAUUCUCAUUAAAUUUUACAGUCGUUGAACGCACCUACACAAAGGAAUAAACAAUAAUAAUUUGAAGUAUGCCAUUUAGAUGGACACUUGUCAUGGAGAAAACGAGAAAAAGCUUAGUUUAAGGCGAUAUGAAACGCUUACAAUUUUUAUAUGCUAUGUUUUAUUGGUAUAACUCGAUUUUUACCUACCGAGCGAGCAGACAAAGCAAUUUCCAAAGCCUUUGUACAAACAUUUACUUGUUAAAACCGAAACCCCAGGAAAUAUUCAAAUAAACACGUUAACAAUGGUAUCUUUGUUUAAAAUUAAGCAUAUAAUCUAUAAACUGUUGAAAAUCCCCGAGCGAAAGAAAAUUAAAAAGAAAAAUAUUUAUUCAAGUAAUGAGAAUCUCCUGGUAAGAUUUAAAUUUGGAAAUGCGCAAAUCAAUAAGAGCUCGAAUUGCAUACAAAUCUUAUAAAUAAAGCAUUUACUACGUAUUUAUAUAACAAAGUCA